AUGCAACAUUGGUCGACAGAGUCUUCAGAAACGCAACAUCAACAAGACAACCCCUCGGACACCACUACCUCAGUUCAGCAUGGCUUUUGUUCGCGCCAACAGCCCAACGGCGUCGCUGUUCUUCGUCGAGAAGAGACUGGCAGUGCAUCCCCAAGAUCUGUUCCAGACGGAGGUCGCCGUGACUCAUCCGAUGCCGUCAGCGCUGCUCAGCUUGACGAGAAGCUUCGCAGGCUGAGUGUUCAUGAUUCAGUGUCUGCCGAAGGUCAUUCAGCUGUCGCUGGUCAGCGAGUGAUUGACUACGAAAACGCGCAAACCCCGUCGACUCCUCGUCAAGCCUUGGGCUUCAAGGUCAUCAAACGAUCUAAUCAUCGACCCGACAGCGUGCAGUUGACAGACUUCCCCAAUGAGCUCUUGACCCAUAUUCUAUCUCACCUGCAUCCCGAUUCUCAUUCGGCCAUAGCUCUCGUUUCGAAGCGUUUCUACUCGCUCGUCACGACUCCUCAUGCAUGGCGAAUGGCCUUUCUACGAUUCUUUCCGGGCCACGUUAGCCUGACUACAAAGUCGAUUGAGCAGAGUCGCGCAGGGGCCUUGGACCAUGAUUCUUCCGAAUUCGUCCGUUCAGAGACUCGCUACUUUUCUCGCUUGACUUCCCUUGCGACGUGGAGAAGCGAAUAUCUACUUCGUACUCGUCUCCUAAGGGGCCUCAUCAGAGGUAAACCGGGCACAAAACCCGGCGGGGUUGGAGCGUCUGGUCGAAGCAGCAAGAAGACUAGUGCUGUCUUGACCUACAACUCAAAGUUGCCUUGGGCUGUGACCCACGUCCACGCCGAUUUCACUGUCAAGAAAUCUCCCAGAGUCAUUCACGGUGCUGCCGACCUAGGUGCUGCAACUCUGAGUGAUUCUUUCAUUGGCAAGGUGGAGAAAUGGGGUUUCAGAGACCCUUUCACUAUUCUUCAGCUGGACGAGGUGUUCCCCAAUCUUGAACCAUACGGUCUCGGUGAUGGACCUGCUGCGUGCCCGAAUGUCAUGGAUGUUAGCCAGCCUUACGGCAUGCUCUCCGGAGAAGGUUUUCCAGGCGGCCGUGCCUACUACCGCCCGAUCAAUGAAUUGCAUGGCCGGUAUCUUGGUAGCGACACUGGCGUGAUCGACACCUACCCAGACAUUCCCAAGAUCCCUGAACUAUCAGAAGCGAUCUCAGCCGUUUGGAUCGCCAAAUCCACUGCUGUUCCUAACAUUACGCAUUCCACGGUUGGUAUCAUCACUGGCUCUACGCUCGGUAUCGUCACGACGUAUGCGCUGCACGGAGACGGGAGCGGGCCCCGGCAUCCCAACGGUGAGAUGACUGCUCGGUGGGUGCUCAGCCCAGGCGUUCCCAUCGUCUCGAUCAAAGUCGACGACCAGUAUACCCAGAAGCGCAAAACUGCACAGCGUGUGUGGGCUGUUGCGCUCAACGCCUUGGGCGAGAUAUUCUACCUGGUCGACGUACCAAAGACGACCUUGGAGCGAUCCAAAGGCGAAGACGUCACCAAGAACGCUUGGUUUGCUGGACGCUCAGUUUACUGGCGGCUCAUCGACGACUCCCGUCGUCAGGCUCGUCCUGAUGAGUUUGACAAGCAUGCUUUGCGGGGGGCUUAUUCUCCUCGGUCUCCUGCAGACGCCAUGAAUCUGAGCAAGGAGCAGCUUGUUGCGGAAGCCCAUGAGAUCGAAAAGUUCCUGCGAUACAAACCAUCACAUUUCCGGAAGGUCUGCGAUGGCUGGGAUAUGCGGAGAAUACUGGAGGUCGAUUUCGCAAAUGAUGACGCUGGCGGGGCUGGGGAGGUCAUUGUCUCUAUCCAAUGCGGGCUCGAUGAGGCGCAUCCCCCAAGCCUUACUCGCUAUGUCCGAGCCAUGUCCCAAACGCCGCGACAGACCUCAGACAGCAAGGGAAUUACUGCUUCACUCCAGCAGGAUGUCCCACAAGUGCAGCAGUCCAUCUUUGGAUCGGGCAGAGACCAUGUGCAGGAGUCUCAGUAUAAGGCCGCCAAGACUGUGGCGAAGGGCGAUGUUACACCCAUUUCGUCGGGCUCGAUGACGCCUCAGGCAAUGCUCAAUUCCAUGGAUGAAUGGGCUGUUGCUACGAUGUCACUUGGCAACCACGGAAACUCAGAGAUCACUGCGUCGGCUCUUGAUUUAUCGUCGCAUGCCCUUCUUACGCUGACAGAAGACCCUCUGCAAUUUGGCUCCAGAUCAGCUGCCACUCCUACGAUGACACCACAGACGGCCGAGUCUGUGACUGAGGUCCCUGGUCGGCGAACUCGCAUGCUAGCUGUAGGCACCAAGGACGGGUCUGUCAUUGUCUGGAAUUGUCGUGAGCAACGCGGCCUUGUCGAAAUCUCUCCUCUUCGCAUCAUUCACACAGAGUCGCCCGAGAUCAGUUGCUUGGCUUUAACGGCUUUGUACCUGGUUCACGGCGGAAAUGAUGGCUUAGUACAAGCAUGGGACCCGCUGGCAUCUUCGCUCGAGCCUCUCCGUACUCUGAAUGGACGUUCAAACGGGCGAGUACCGCGUCACAUGAUGACAAUGAAUCCCGCACUUCCGAUCGACACCUAUUCAGCUGCUCGAGCCAUUUACCUCGAUCCUGAUCCUACUGUGCUGCGCGGCAUCACGUCUUUCGGUGCUUUCCUGCGUUACUGGGCUUAUAGCGCUACAAGCCAAGCGCCCGGCCGUAAGCGUCGCCUCCGGCACGCUGAUGUCCACGGCCGUCUUGCCACUCGACGCCAGGGUGGAAAUGUUUCAGGAUAUAUUGCCGCAGAGACUGCAGAACUUCGGCGUGAGGAGGAGCAGGACACGCGGGAAGAAGCCUGGUUGCGCAAUAGGUUUGGCGUUGGCGCCUUUGGCGAUUUGACCGAAGAGGAGGCUCUCCAGUAUGCGGAGAUGAUCUCUCAAGAAACACUCUUGCUCGAGGAGCAACGUCGUACCAGCGCCAGCGACACUGGUUCCACCGCUGAUGCCAACUUCGAUACGGUGUCAUCCUUCAGCGAAAGCACGGUGGACACAGUCACACCAGAACCCAGCAUUACUGGCUUCACCCCGCCCCCACCUGUCGUUGAGGAAGGAGAUGAGUACGAACAGCAACUACAACAAGCCCUUCGGCUUUCUUUGAUGGAGGCUACCAAUGAUGUGGCUCAAUCACCCCGCAAGAACAGCUCCAGUGAUUUCGAAUUUGCCAUCAAGUACAAGUCGAAACCGGCGAAGAAGACAACAAAGAGAACACCUUCCAUGUCUCCUCCGGCAAGCUACAAGCCAGUCGCCGGCGCCAAAGCAGGUUCUUCCAGCAAAGCCAAGCCUAGGGACGAUGACCUUGAGUUAGCUCUCUUACUUAGUAGCGCUGGGUCGGGCAGUCAAGUUGCGCCACGAGACGACGAUUUAGAGCUGGCCUUGCAGCUCAGUCUGCAGGAAAAUGGUGCCGGCGAUUUCUCGGGUCUGGGUAUCCAGCAUGAGGAGGAGGAGUUUCCAAUGUUGGAGACUCGGGGCAAGGGCAAGGGCAAGAUGUGA